GACAGAAACACACCAGCUCUGAAAAAUGGCUCAAUCUCUAUAUUUCCCUCUUCUCCUCAUUGCUCUCUGCUCCAUAUCUGAAUGUGUUCAGCGUCAGUAUCACUUUAUAAAUGAGAACAAGACCUGGACUGAAGCUCAGAGAUACUGCAGAGAGAAAUACACAGAUCUGGCCACUGUUGACAACAUGAAUGAUACGAUCCAGCUGAUGAAGAGUGUGAGUGAUGUACAUCUCUGGAUUGGUCUGCAGAGGAAAUGGCAGUGGUCUUCAGGUGGUCCUGCACUCUUUUUGAACUGGGCAAAUCAACAACCAGAUGGCAAAGAUGAGUGUGCUUUUAUGAGAAAUGGAGAGUGGCAUGAUUGGAAUUGUAGUUACACCUUGUUCUUCGUAUGCUACAACAUGAGCAGAGGACUGGUGUUUGUCAAUCAGACGAUGAACUGGACAGCUGCUCAGAGUUACUGCAGACAGAAUCACACUGAUCUGGUCAGUGUGAGGAACCAGAAUGAGAGUCAACAGCUGGAGAAGUUCAUUAAUGACAGUCAUACAUCUGAAUCUGAAGUCUGGAUCGGUCUGUUCAGAGACUCAUGGCAGUGGUCAGAUCAGAGCAACUAUUCAUUCAGUUACUGGAAUCCAGAUAAACUGAUUGUGAUCCAGCAGAAUCUGUCGUGGUCUGAAGCUCUGAAAUACUGCAGACAGAAUCAUGUGGAUCUGGUCUCGGUUCAGUCAGUGGAGAUGCAGCGUCGUGUGAUGAACAUGGUUAAAUUGGCGUCUACUGAGGCGGUGUGGUUGGGUUUACACAACUACUGCAGCAUGAACAUGUGGCUCUGGCUGAGUGGAGACAUGGUGUGCUAUCAGAACUGGGCUCCAGGGAACGGCAGCACACCGGAAAACUGCAAACUGGAGAACAGAAAAGGAGCAGUUCAGUCUGGAGGAGAUCAGACCUGGAUCAGCCUUCCUGAAUCUCACAGACUCAACUUCAUCUGCACUAACUACUGAGAGUGAAAGAUUUUUAUAUGUUUGUUUAAAAUAAUCAAUGCUCUUAUGCUGUUUUUAUAGUAAAUUGUGUUUAUUUCAACUGUAUAAUUAAAAAGUCUGUAAGUUAACACAUUCAAAUGUUAUUCUCUACUUGAAAGUGGUUUAAAACAUUUAACAAAGACAGUUGAGUAAAAUUUCAGUCAAUUGGAAACUAAAAAUAACAGUUCGAUAUUGUGACGUGUGCAUACUGAACACUUAAAAGAUUAAAGUAAACAAGUCUUGUGCAGUGAUUUCUUGUUUUUCUGGUGGUUUGUGAACUUCUCACUGCUGUGUUUUUGGCAUAUCUUUACAGUUGAUUAGUUUAAAAAUUGAUUGUGUGCAUCAAACAUUUAAUAUAUCUCUUGCAUGUCUUUAAUUACAAUACAAUUUAGUUUUUAGAGUGUACGAGUAAAAGUUGUUUAAAAAAUAUUGCAGCAUGUAUGCAGUGUUCAACCUUCCCACAUUGAAUGUUCAACCUCAGCUCAAAUAAAGAUUUGAACAAGUCUAA